AUGCGGCUAUGGUUAGUCGCGCUGACAAUACAGAGCUUACUGGUAAUUGUAAUUUGCGGUAAAGCGCCUCAAAAUCGGCGCUCUUUGAUUCAACAAACGAACCUACCAGUUUCUAAAGGCGGUUGGAGACCAGUCGUCGGCUCAGGUGGACUAUUGUACAGCCCACUAGGCACAGCUCCUUUACACGCUCCUUCAUACAAAAUACCUCUAUUAGAUUUAUAUCCGUCUUCUGCUCGACCAGUAACCGCGAGAGAUGUUACAAAGUUGACAUCAAUAGCUCAGUCUUAUAAGCCCACGACACUACGUACAGUAUCUGUGCCUACCCACGGUCUGCCAGUUAACCAACCAAUUAACUCCUAUUUAAAUCCCUUUUCACUACCUAAUAAUGGAGGGAAUCACUAUAAAUUUGUCCAAAACUAUCCAGUUGAUAGUGUCUUCCUCAGGAAUCAACACAAUUCUUACGCCGCUCGUCCAGUCUUGCAAAAGCAACAAACGAAGCAAAAGCAACAAUAUCAUAAUAACAUAUUACAACAAUUGACUAACAUACAGCCGAUUCAAUUCGGACAGUAUUCUACGGGGAAACCGUUAGACAUAUUCGGGAAAGCAAACGACGCGUACCCAAGACAGGAUGGGAAGCGGCCACAGUCAGCGGAAACUGAAAUAUUCAAACCGCAAGUGUUCAAGCUAGGCGAUGCAGACACACCGUCUCAAUUUUUGAGUCAAUCUGUGAAAACUGCCCAGCAGCAAUCUUAUACACCAUCGAAAUACCCCAUCAAUCAAUAUGGACACCCGUUCCAAGACACUGUGUUCCCACCAAGUAUUUUAGGUUCAUUUGGAUCUUUUGGCAUACAAUCCGUCAAAGGAAGAGAUCCAGGAUAUCCCACAACCAAAACCACGUUUUUACCGCCUCAAUCUACAAAACAAACUAUUUUCAAUUCAUUCAAUUAUUCACCUAACUUUAAGUCCACACCGGCUCUGUUUGCUACAUCUACACCUAAAUUAACAACUGCUCAAAAUUAUAACUAUUUUUAUAGUUCUACUUUAAAUUAUCUAGGCAAUGUACCUACACCACAAACAAAAUUAGUAUCCCCAGUGAAAAUAGACCCUAACGCUGGAACUAAGUUUGGUUUUAAACCCAGUCCCCAGGAUCCCUUCGUGAAAAACUUCCAAAAUAUAGAUUACAAUAAAAUAUCUACUUACAGUCCUCCAGUAAUACAAACCUCAUCAGUGGCUGGUCCUUUGUACAAUGAUUAUGGUCUUUUACCACAAAACACUGUGUUCCACAGCUAUAAACAUCAAAACACCGCUAACAUAAAAUACGAUAAACCUAAACAAAAAGUACCUGAUAACUUGGGUUUAACUCAGCAAGUUUCACAGCAAUAUACGAACGCACCAGGACUGUUUGAUUUGGAAAGUAGCUUAAAUGCAUUAUCACAGGCACAUCGUCCGUCUUACGCUGUAAUAGAAAAUACUGAUGAUGUUACACAUCACGCUUCUGCAACUCCUUGGACCGUUACUCCUCAGUCAUACGGACAAAACCAAAACACUAAUGAACCUGUUACUAGUUCUGAACACGUAGACAAUAUAUUCGAAAAACCUACAACAGUUUUACCAGAUAUACCUGAAGAAUAUUCUAUUGUAACGGAGAAUGAAAAUAAUAAUGGGAACGUACAUUAUUACGAUAGUCAAGUUGACUCUCAAAGCCGACGUCCUCUAGGUGAUGAUUUCGAACCAAUCGGAAAGAAUAAAUUAAGAGAUUACUACUACAAAGUAUCUACUCCAACUUACACUGAACAUAAACCUUAUAGACGGACCAAAAAACCUACUGAAGCUCCUAAGCCUGAGACGACAACUUUUUCGUAUACCGUUAGAGAAACUACAGAAGUUCCAGUGGAGACACUUCCCACUCUACCACCUAAUAGGCAUUUUAAACGACCCAGUACACCAGAACCUUUAGAAAAAGAUAAAAUUAGAAAACGGAAUAAGAUUCGGAGGCGAAGACCUUCAGCAAAUCGCAAUAGAGAAGAAACAAGCACACGCAGGGAAGCACCUUCAACUGAAACCCCUACUACUAUCGCCGAAGAUAUCCAUACCGUUCGGCCUCGAGUAAGACCAAUUAAACUAAGAACAGAACCAACAGUAACUACGCCUAGUGAUACUACAGAGUUAACAACAAGCGCUCUACCAACUACAUCACCAACUAAACCAACGGUUAUAAAGAAAAAAUUAGUCUCCCUUCGCAGACCUCUCACGACACCAUCGGACAGAUUCGAAACGACUACACAAGUAUCGAAUGAGAAAGACAAUAGCAGAGAGUCUCCUAUAAUGAAAAUAUCUUCACGGCCACAACUGUCAAAGGCACCAUCUUUAAAUUCAUAUGAAUUUAAAAAUAGUGAAAUUCCUGAUUACAGCCACAAACAGGACGAAAAAGAUACACCCACAAGCGACGUGUCAGUAAGUAUUGGAGACACGCUUAAAACUACUGAUACAUUGAAAGAAUUUUCAUUCCACCGAGAUGCUCGACCUGUAGAAAUAAAAGAAGUAACGACACAGUCAGUUAAUCAGAAAACGGAUUAUGAAGUAACAACUUAUGCGCCCCACACUGAAGCGAACACAAGGCUAGCAGGUAAAGUCCAAAGACCUAGACUCAAGAAUAAAUUCGAUAGACCUAAAUUCAGUGUUAAAGAUUACAGAAAUCGUUUGAAUUCUACAACAAGUACCACCGAGAAAGUUGUCGAAAAUACUCCAAAGACAAGGCAUCCACAACGAAAGAGUCCCUACACGGAAAGCAUUUUCACUGAUAUCGAAACUACAACUGAAAGAAAGAAGUUCACGCCAAAAGAGCCAAGACAUAAAUUUAACAGAACAGAAAACAACGAGCAAGAGAUCCAUUCAAGGCAAAGUUUAAGGCAGAAACAAAAUUCAGAAGGCAUCGAAGCUAGUACACAGCGAAUGUCAUCGCGUAUACGUAACGGCCAGCGUCGGCCGCGGCCUACGGAAGAGAACUCUGAGACUUCCACUCCAACAGUCCACCAUAAACGACCGUUACGAAAAAGAAUACAAGAUUCAGAAACUGGUGAAUCCGUGCAGGACAUAUCAGUGACAGAAACAAGUGACCACAAAAACGAUAUGACCGAAAAAACCAAAUCUGAGAGCGCAAUAAUGAAAAUAGCUGACAAAAAGCAUCAUGAUCCUAUAGAACGGCUAUUCGAGCAUUCCAAACGAGUAUCAGACUUAACCCUCGCAGCGAGUAAGGACUAUAACACCCCCGGCAUGUUCAAAACCGUGUCAUCCAAUAGCAGAAGAAUACCUAGCUAUUUCACAAUAGCUACAGACGACCCAAUCUUACCGAUUGAAGCCUUCUUCCCUCAGCUUAACCAAAAGAAGGAAUCG